AUGUCUGCCUCGCUCGAAGAGAAAACUACGGGCGCCGAAAUUGAGAUGCUCGAACAAGCUCGAUCAGAGGCUCGCCAUGUACCCGUCCACGAUAUCCCACUGGACCUGGAUGAUCCGCACAAAGCCGCUUUGGAAGACAAUCCAGAGAAAGCAGAGACCUUGACGUGGACGACUCUGCUGGCUAUCGUGUCGCUGUCGUUCUCCUAUGUCUGUCCAAUCUCUUGUGGCUUCACUCUGGUGACAGGGAUUUUGGUUCCCAUCGGCACCGACCUUGGCGACACUGAGCAUAUUUCUUGGAUUGUUGGUGGAUGGAGUAUUGCGUCCUCUGUUAGCUUCUCCCUCGCAGGUUCACUGUCGGACGUCUUCGGUCGACGAUGGACAAUCGUGGCCGGCGAAAUUAUUGCUAUUAUCGGUUCGAUUAUAGCAUGUACUGCCAAAUCGACGCUCAUGCUUGCCGCCGCCUCAACCGUUAUUGGCUUUGGUUGUGGUAUCAUUUUCGUCAGCUACGCCGGAAUCCAGGAACUCGUCCCGAACAAAUGGAGAGGCUUGCUAGGGCUUACAGAAUGUGCUAUGGUCCUUCCCUGGGGCCUUGCGGGGACACUGAUAGCGACGACUUUGAAUGCUAACACGGCCGCGAAAUGGCGAUGGUGCUAUUACAUUGCCAUGAUUUAUGGCGUCUUGAGUUUGAUUGGGACCCUGGUCUUCUAUUGGCCACCCACACGUCCACAGUAUGAUUUCUUCAAAUCCCGAUGGCAGCAAGUGAAGGAAGUCGAUUAUGUCGGUUUUCUCUUGUACACGGGGGGCUUGACUAUCUUUCUGAUCGGGCUGACCUGGGCUGGGACCGAUGGACAUGCCUGGAAAUCGGCCUCUGUUGUUGCGCCAAUCGUUGUGGGUUUGUUGACCCUGGCUGCCUGUUUCGUCUACGACUUUACACUGGCGAAACAACCCUUCUUCCCGUAUUCCUUGUUCCGGCAAGUACGCGAGUUCACCGUUCUUUUGGUUGUGGUCUUCGUGGCGGGCUUCGUUUACUAUUCCUUCGCUGGCCUACUACCUCAGGGCUCGCUCUAUAUGUUCACAAGCGACCCUAUCCAGAUCGGCAUCAUCGCUCUCCCCAACGGUGUUGCACAGAUCCUCUUUGGCGGCAUCGCGACACUUUUCAUGGGCAAAGUUGGUCAUUUGAAGCUCCAGGUAAUUGUAUUGCUAGUCUUUCAGACGGUAUUCACGGCCGCUUAUGCUGGUGUGGUGCCAUCCGACCGGGCGGGCUGGAUGGUGUUCCAAUUCUUUGGGAUGGGCCCUUUUGCCAUGAUUACUCUACUUUGCUAUGUGAUUGCGGGCUUAAACGUCCCCUUGCGUCACUUGGGAAUUGCAUCCGGGUUGAUCGGCACAUUUCGCAGCGGUGGCGGGAGUGUGGGCAAUGCAGUCUUCAAUACAAUCCUCAACGGUGAGGUUAAGAGCGAGAUUCCAAAGAAGAUUGCAGAGGUUGCGACUGCUUACGGACUUUCAUCACAACAACUCGCGGCUCUUAUUCCAGCCACGGCGCAGAAUGCUGUAGGCGUCCCAGGUGCUUUCACUACGGUUCCGGGGAUCACUCCGGCGGUUGAACAGGCGGCGGCAAUUGCAUACAGAGAGGCAUACGCCUUCGCCUUCAAGAGAGUUUUCUACUCGUCUAUUCCCUUCGGGGUCAUUGCCAUCAUCUGUGCACUGUUCAUCAAUGAUCCCUCUCAGUACCUCACCAACCACACGGCUGUCCACAUGGUCAGAGAGGGAGCACUUGGAAAGACUACCCAGCACCAGAAUUCGGAAGCAGAGGAUGAAGCAAAGUCAGGCUCCAACACAGACAAAUCUUUGGAGGGGUACUAGCUAUCAGCGGAAGUGGCUAAGGGAAGGACAUGUCAGGGCUGUGUCUAUGAUUCAAACUUGGUAGCCUAUAGCGACGAUAGUGAAGGAGCCUAUUAGGGCGAGGGUGAAGUCGAUGUUGAAGAAGACAACGAAGACGAUUCGUGUAGAUACCUACCAAGUA